GUUUGAAGGUCGGGAGUGCGGUUGAAUGGUGUGAGAGGUGGCGAGAGGAGGAGUAGAACGAAGUUGAGGAGUACGUGAAGACCUCACGAGCGCCACACACUUGCAGAAACUCGGCGCAGCUACUUCCGCCCACUCUAAAGAUGGCGGCUCCCUUCAUGGAGAAUUUAUCCGAAUAUUUAGGUUCAACCGAACCGGCUGUUCGAUUGAUUUUGUCUAUCUUAUUAGGUUAUCCCUUUGCACUGGUGUACCGGGGGUUUCUCUUUCAUCAGUCUACAACACUUGUUCAUCUGUUCCACACAUUCUCUGGGUUGGCACUGGCCAUGUUUAACUUUGGGUCUCAGGUCGGUCAUUCACUCUUAUGUAUAGUCAUUCAAUUCUUGAUGCUGAGGCUGAUGGGAAGGACAGUAACAUGUGUUUUGAGUAGCUUUAUUUUUCAGAUGAUAUAUCUGAUGAUGGGUUAUUACUACACUGCUACAGAUGAGUAUGAUAUCAAAUGGACCAUGCCUCACUGUGUCCUCACACUCAAACUCAUCGGUUUAGCACUUGAUUAUUAUGAUGGUGGAAAAGAACCAUCUCAGAUAAGUGCAGACCAGAAGAAGUCUGCCCUCAGCUCCACACCAUCUCUGUUGGAGGUGUUUGGAUUCUCAUACUUCUAUGGAGGCUUUCUGGUAGGGCCUCAGUUCACACUACGCAACUACCAGAGUCUGGUAUCCCGAGAGAUGUCUGAUUGCACUGGACAGCCACCCAAUAGUGUGGUUCCGGCAAUGAAACGACUAGGUUUGGGUAUGCUCUCCUUAACCAUCUUCACGAUAGGUGGACCAUACUACCCAGAUAGCUACUACUUAACAGAUGAUUUUGAGGCUCAACCUUUCUGGUACAAGUGUGUGUAUAAUCUAGUGUGGGUAAAAAUAAACCUGUACAAGUACAUCAGCUGCUGGCUAAUAACGGAGGGUGUGUGUAUACUCUCCGGACUGGGCUAUAAUGGGAAGAACGAGAAAGGCGAGCACCAAUGGGAUGCCUGUGCCAAUGUCAGGGUGUGGUUAUUUGAGACCACACCCCUCUUCACAGGCACUAUCAACUCAUUCAACAUCAACACAAAUGCUUGGGUGGCCAGGCAUGUGUUUAAGAGGUUGAAGUUCUUGGGUAACAAGUUGUUGUCUCAGAUGUUCACAUUGUUAUUCCUGGCAGUCUGGCAUGGCUUGCACUCAGGGUACCUCAUCUGCUUCUCGAUGGAGUUCAUCAUUGUCAAUGUGGAGAAGCAGGCUCUGGCUCUGGUGCGGGACAGUCCGUUGCUUACAUCCAUAGCUCGGAGCCCUCUCUAUGCGCUCAUAUAUAUUGUGCAGCAGUUUUUUCACUGGCUUUUUAUGGGCUACCCUCUUGUGCCAUUCUGCCUCUUCACUUUUGACAAGUGGCUCAAGGUUUACUCCUCUAUAUAUUUCUGUGGUCACGUCUUUUUCUUCGCUGCCUUUCUCGUCCUGCCAUACCUCCGCAAGGUGCUCGUGCCUCGGAAAAGAGGCACUGAGAAAAAGGAGAAUUAGUUAAAAGGGUAUCUAUGUUUGUGGCUGUCUAAAUUGAGUGAACUGUGACUUUUAAAGAGCAACUGAUGAGGACAAAUUUUAAGGCCUUUAGUAAUAUAUUACUAUAUACAUACAACAUGGUGUAUGUGUACAAAUGGUAGUCAGUUGGAGGGUCAUAUAGGUGUGGACUACAAUGAAAAAGGUAAAAAAACUGCUGAAAUAUAUGCAGUUUUGAGAUUUAAUUUUCACUGAAUAAGAAAUACUGAUGUUUGGUGGUUUAAGAUAAUUUUACUGUAUAUGCUCAUACCGUUGCACUCAUUACUCAGUAAUGAUCUCAUUUUCUGUUUCCUGUCUAAUCAGAGAAUUGGCUUUGGCUAUAGCUAAGGGCACAUGCACUUUUAGAAAGGAUGUAGAACAUUCAUUUAAAGAUGGAAACUUAUGAGACCGUUUUUUAUUUUCCUUUGCUUGGAAAAACUCUACAAACCUGCAAACCCCCUGAGACUGAUAAAAGGCACUGGAACACACUCACACAUAUGUGAAUAAGAGUGCACAUUACACUCAGCAUUGCCUGACAUUAUAAAUGAAUAUUUUUCAUUUUUAUAACAGUUUUUCUUGUAAUUAUACAACUUCUGAUGGGGGUUCCUCUAAUUUUUUUAGGAUGGAUUUUAUGGUAGCUGCAGUUUUAUAGCUUUUUGGACUUAAAGUUUCACAAAAGGGAUCGUCAUUCUGUCAUCGCCUGUCAAUCCAUCUGACCUUCUCUAAUACCCUGU